AUGGUUAAACUCAAGGAAAUCCCUAGAACAUCGACCUUUGCAUGGUCUCCCAGUGCCAGUGAACCUCUUUUGGUUACUGGUACUGUAGCAGGUGCAAUUGAUGAGGAUUUUUCUUCGACAACUCAAUUGGAGCUUUGGGACCUGUCCCUUCUCGACCAUUCUCCUGAAUCUUUCCAAUUGAAUCCCAAGGUAUCAAUUGAUACUGAUGCUAGAUUCUAUGAUAUUGCUUGGGGUGGUGCAUCGUCGUCGAACCCUCAAGGAUUCAUUGCAGGUGCAUUGGAGUCUGGUAGCUUGCAAGUGUGGAAGCCUGAAGAUAUUCUCAAGGGAAAUAGCAGUCCGGUUGAAAAAUCUGAGAAGCAUAGUGCUGCUAUUAAAGCGAUUGACUUCAAUCCCAUUCAAAGUCAUUUAUUAGCAUCAGGUGGUUCAAAGGGAGAGGUUUUUAUCUGGGAUAUUAAUAAAUUUGCCUCACCAUUUGCUCCUGGAACUCAAUCAAGUCGCCAUGAUGAAAUUGAAACCGUCGCUUGGAACAACAACGUGGCUCAUAUUAUGGCUACUGGUGGUAACACUGGAUUCACUUCGGUCUGGGACUUGAAAAACAAACGCGAGGUUCUUCAUUUAUACUACAAUCCGGGAAACACUGGCAAUAGUCAGCGAAGCGCUGUUAGCAGUGUUGUGUGGCAUCCUAACAACUCAACUAAAUUGAUGACGGCGUCAAUCGACGAUGCUAAUCCAGUUAUCUUGUUAUGGGAUCUGAGAAAUGCAAAUGCCCCUGAAAAGAUCUUAAGAGGUCACGAAAAGGGUGUUUUAUCUUUGGAUUGGUGUAAGCAAGACAGCGGCUUAUUAUUGUCUGGUGGAAAGGAUAAUCGUACUUUGCUAUGGAAUCCUGAAUCUGGUGAACAAUUGGGUGAAUACCCUAUUGCUGUCAACUGGAACUUCAAGACUAAGUUUAACCCCAAGGUUCCUGAUAUUCUUGCCUCUGCUUCUUUUGAUGGUAAGAUCACUGUACAAACCUUGCAAGAUGUUGGCGCUGUUGAUAAGCCAGAAACAAAGCAAAAGUCUGGAUCUCCUGAUGAUUUCUGGAAUCCUUCUUCCUAUGUUGACACUUUACACCCAACUUUUGCAUUAAAACAAGCGCCCAAGUGGUUGGCAAGGCCUGUCUCUACAGCCUUUGGAUUUGGAGGAAAGAUUGUUUCCGUCAAGACCACUGGUGACGAGAAGAAAACUUCAACUGUUAUCAUUUCCAAAUUUGUUGAGGACGAGAGUUUGAGUGAAGAGACCACUAAAUUCGCAUCUGCUUUACAAGCUAAAGAUAUUAAUAAGGUUGUCACUGAACGUUUGGGACAUGUUCAAGAGGGCACUGAGAAAUAUGACUGGGAUAUUCUUCAGACUCUUUUAAGCAAGACUGGUGACAGCAAGAGCAAGUUUGCUGCUCUGUUUGAAGACAAAUUCAAGGAGAUUAGUGAUGACAGCGAUGAAAAGAGUGAAGAAAAGACUGAAGAUGACGAUUUCUUGAGCUCCUUGUCUAUUUCUGAUGGUAAGUACGUUCCAACUGGGUCUUUUAGCCUCUUCUCCAAUGGUCAAUCAGAGUCGGAAAAGGCCAUCAGCAAAGCAAUUCUCAAGGGCAAGUAUAACGAAGCUGUUGAGAUUGCUCUUAAGCAGGGUGAUCUCUCAGAUGCUUUCUUGCUCGCCCUUUAUGCCGACGAUAAGACUAAGGACAGAGUCAAGAAUUUUUAUAUCAACAAAAAUGCCGAGUCUAAACCAUUUGUUCGCUUGCUGGCUGCUGUAAGUGAUAAGAAUCUUGACGACUUGGUUGAAAACUCGGAUACAGCUGAAUGGCUUCAAACCAUCAAUGCUUUGUUAAUCCACUCGUCCAAUGAAAAAGAAUUCCAGACCCUCUCUACAAAGCUUGGUGAUCGUUUGUUCGCCAACAGAGGUGCCAUUUCCGACAAGACAUCGAAGGAAGCUGAAGAACUGCGUAAUAAUGCUUUACUAUGUUAUAUUGCUGGUUCAAGUCUUGAGAAGACUGCAUCUAUUUGGCUUAACGAGAUCCCUGCUACUGAACAAGAGGAGCUCAAGAGCAAGAGAGCUGCUAGUUCAUACUCUGCUCAUGUCAAGGCUCUUCAUUUGUUCAUCGAAAAGGUAACUGUAUUUACUGAGGCUGCAAAGAUUAAUCCUAGCAGUGCUGCUACCAGUUCUGACUUGGAUCAAUUAUACGAGGUUUACAGAGACUAUGCUAAUAUUGUGGCGUCACAAGGACUUCUGGAGUUGGCCAAGAAAUAUCUGGAUUUGUUGCCAUUACAUUAUCCAGGUGUUUCUUUAGAAAAGGAAAGAUUAGCUAAAGCUGGAAAGAAGACUGCUAGUACCACGACAGCUACUGGUAGAGCUCCUACUUCCCGCUAUGGUGCAGUUCCAAGCAACACUCCUGCUGCAGCAACUCCUUCUAUCUACUCUAAUAUCCCAUCUGCCAAGGCUCCUGGUCCUGUGCCAAAUGCUGGUCUCAAGCCAUCUGUUCCUGCUCCAGCAUCCGCUUCUCCUUAUGCCCCAGUGGCGCCUGCUAGUAAUGUUGGAGGACCCACUGCUGGCGUUCCUGCUAUUUCAGUUAACUCUCAGGCCAGUGCUCCUGCUAAUCCCUACCAACCCCAAGGAUAUCAACAAGCACCUGCUAGAGGUGCUCCUGUAGCUGCUCCUCAAAUCCCUGGCCCACCACCGGUAGGAGGCAUUCGAUCAUCGGUAUCUCCAGUCACAGCACUAAACUCUGCUAAUGCUUCAUCAUCAGCACCUCCUCCACCAAAGAAGAAUCCUGGUGGCUGGAACGACUUACCAGUAUCUGCUAUUGGCGCUCCUAGGAGACCACCCUCGUCUGCUACUGCCAUUGCAAGCCCAUUCCCCAACCAGCCAUUAACGAGCAGCCCUCCUGUUGGAUCAAACCCUGUUUCCAGACAAGGAUCGUUUUCGGCCGUACCACCACCUCCACCCACUGCUGGUGUGCCACCACCACGGGCGCCACCUUCGGCUUCUCCAAAGCCUCCAGCUGCCAAUCCCUAUGCCCCUCCAGCCGGUGCUAGUGGCCACAGUUUCUCACCAAAUCCUCCUUAUGGUGGAUUUAACGAGCAACCACCUGUAGGUGUUCAACCUUCGAGAUCGAUUGUGUCACCUCCACCACCCAAUCCUUAUGCUCCUUCGCCAAGUGCUCAACAUCCAGGACUCAGUGGUCCUGGAGCUUCUAACCCAUAUGCUCCACCUCCUGGCCAACAACAGCAGUUCCAGCAACCACCACCAGGUGUUAACAAUUUCGGACAUUCCCAAUUGGGAGGACCAGCUUAUGGAGCCCCACCACCUCCAUCUCCAGGAAGAAACUUGGUUCCACCAGUUGGUGCCCCAGUUGUAAACCAAGAGCCUCCACCACCGCCACCAGUGGAGGAGAAGCCUCCUGCUCCUAAAUAUCCACCUGGAGAUAGAAGUCAUAUUCCUGCAAAUGCUCAGCCCAUCUUUGAAAUUCUCAGUGGAGAACUUUCGCGUGUCAAGCCAGUAAUCCCUGCAAACUUCCAAAGACAAGUUUCUGAUGCUGAAAAGAGACUGAACAUUCUAUUUGAUCAUCUCAACAAUGAAGACCUCCUCUCGGAUGAGACAGUCAACGAUUUAGUUGUAUUGUCGCAAUCCCUUGUCGCCAAAGACUACAACACAGCCACUCAACUUCAUGUUGACAUCUUGACCACCCGCAGCGAACAAUGUGGCCAGUGGAUGACUGGUGUCAAGAGACUGAUUGAGAUGUCUAAAGCUGUACCUUGA